AUGAAGCUUUUCUUACUUACAGCUUUAGUUGCUCUUGCUUUGUCAGGGCCAGCUAUUGUCCGUGACCCAUCAUCUCCUAUUUUAACUCAAGAAGACAUCGACUUCAUCAACCAAAACCAAGAUUCAUGGACAGCCUCACUCGAUUGGGUUGGCUCAAUGACCUACGAAGAAGCCCAAAAAUACGCUUCCACUGAAAUCAAGCCAAGAGAGUUUCCAGAAUACAACUGGGGAGCCAUCCUCGAUAACUUCCAAGCCCCAGCAAGCUUCGACUCAAGGAAUCAGUGGCCAUCUUGCAUUCAUCCAAUUCUUAACCAAGAACAAUGCGGCUCAUGCUGGGCUUUUGGAGCCACUGAAGCCCUUUCAGACAGACUUUGCAUCGGUUCUAAAGGAUCAAUUAACGUCGUCCUUUCUCCUCAAUAUUUAGUUGACUGCGACCAUCUGAACUUAGGAUGCAAUGGAGGCAACCCAGACCUUGCUUGGAGCUUCAUGAAAUCCAAAGGAGUGCCUGCAUAUUCUUGUGUUUCAUACACAGGCGCUAAUGGAAAAUGCCCAUCCACUUGUGAUGACGGAUCUGAAUUCCAAUUCUACAAAGCUGCAAGUGUUAAUACUUACAGUGGACCAUCUUCAAUCCAAGCUGCUAUUCUGGCUGGAGGUCCAGUAGAAACAGGAUUUUCCGUUUAUCAAGAUUUUAUGUCUUACAGUGGUGGUAUUUAUAAGCAUACGACUGGAGACUAUCUUGGAGGGCAUGCUGUAAAAAUUAUUGGAUGGGGUAACCAAAAUGGAACAAAUUACUGGAUUUGCGCAAACUCGUGGGGAACUAGCUGGGGUCUACAAGGAUUCUUCUGGAUUGCCUUUGGACAAUGUGGAAUUGAUAGUCAAGCUGUUGCAGGAAGCCCUUCAGUUUAA